AUGGAAGGGGGAACCAAAUCGAUGUCGAGUGUCCACAAUCUUGGUGAGGACGACCCUCGUGUUGCUCCCAGGAACCUAGGUGGUGCCACAACGAGUCAUAGUGACACAUCAGGUAACACCAUAACAAAGCCUAGGGAGACGCCCAACUUAGCGGGUGAUGGUGGCGCCAGACGAGGCUUCGGCUUGGAUGUUUUAGCUACUCAUGAUGCAGGGCAGUGUAGGGGCGUUGAUAGGCCCGAGGUAGAUGGUGGCGUCAUCUGCAUGGGAGGCAUCAACAGUAGGGAAGUCGACACCAUCAACGUGGGAGACACCAUCAACGAGAGGGAAGACGGUGCCCAUGGCAGAUGGCAUCCAACUAGAGAUGCUAGUGGAGUGGGCGAGACUGGUAGGAAGGCGGAUGAGCACAAGUUAGGCAGCGCCGGUGGGCAGGGUGACUUUGGUGGAGGUUUGGGCGCGAUGGGUGACGUUAGUGGAGGCUUGGGCGCGACAUUCAACAUUGGUGGAGGCUUAGGCAAGUGGGCAUAA